CAAGGGGCCUGAGAACGAGUCUAUAUGUUGUUUAUAAAAUCUCUAUUCGGUAUCUGAGGCGCAUUCCUUUGCUUGGACGCAACAUUACGCAAUACAAUGAGUGGAGAAAAGCAUGUGAAAGUUAUCUUCAACGGUGAAGACAAGGGGCAAAUCAAGUUACCUCGCCCAGAUAUUGUUGAUGUCAAGGGAGUAAUAUGCAAGCGAUUUGGUGUCCAGUCUGACGUAUCCAUAGUUGCCCGCAUUGUACCUGAAGGGGCUCGCCAGGAAGAGUACGUGAUCUCAUCUAGCGCUGACCUUCAGGAUCUAUGGGAGGACCUCACAGAACUCCACAUCACUGACAAACGGACUGAUUCGGGUGAAAUAACGUUGACCGAAGGCUUGCGGGUGAUAUUCAACAACGACCGUGAAGACGUGAAACGUAUCACGUUCACUCGCAAUGACAUUGAGGACAUCAAGAAGGUCAUCUGCGAGCGGUUCUUUGCCGAGAAGGUUUCUUUGCUUGCCAUCAUCAAGGGAGACAACGACAAGUAUUCUAUUUCAACCAACGACGACGUCAAGGAAAUGUGGAAGAGCAUCGUUGAAUUGCAUGUCACUGGCAAAAAGAAAAGGUUGGACAUCGAUAUGAUAGUGGCGAUCAAUAGGGAACGGCAUUCCAUUGAUGUAAUUCCUAACCCAAGUACUGAUGUCGUCCUAAAGGCGCGACAAGAGUUGGGAAUCAUCGACGACUUGGUGCAGAUUGACAAGACCUUCAGGAGAAUGGGUGCCAUCGCUAACAUCUGCUACUUUGCCGCCGUUGCCACUGGGAAUCAGGAUUUACAGUUGGGGACAAAAAAUCUUGGAUUCAGCGCCAUCGAAAUUUGCCGUGCCGCCGAUAAUAUGUUUGAGAGUUAUGUCAAUACUAGCACGACUGUGAAUGAGACGUUCCACACCGCUAUCAUCUACCUGUUGGAGAACGACUACGACAGAGCACUCAGAAUGAUUUCUUCUUUGGAAGGUGCGACUCAAGAAUGUACAGACAAGACAAAGACGCUGAUUGCCAAGAUCGAUAAAGUCUCUGAGAGCAAGAUCCUCUCCGAUGAAACGAGACGAAUGAUAAUGGAAGAAAGAGAAAAGGCCGAGCUGUUGGAGAAAGAACAGGAGAAGAAACGAUUAGAGUUAAAGCACGUUCAGUCAGAGAUCAGGGAAUUAGGGACUAAACCAGGAGCAGUCAAGCCAUUUCUGCAUGUGUUAGUGUCAAACUUCUUUCGUGCUGCGAAUGUUGUUGUUGGAGCUGUGACAAGUUCUGAGCCCAAGUUUCUCCUGGCAACUGGAAAGGGGCUAUUAGGUUAUGCGGCGGAAAAGGAAGAAGAUGAAGAGAAGAAAAAGGAUGAAACACGUAUGAGAGAGGAGAAAAAACGCAAAAACAAGCAGGAUGCCGAGAAGCAGCUAAGCCGUGACCUGCGGGAUCUGCAGAAAGAUAUCGAAGAGGCCGAGAAAAAUGAUAGGUGUCUCCACAUUCUUGGUGGCGAACUCUUCAAGAUGAAGUUGGAUUUAAAAACCAUGAAGAGCUUCUUCGAAGAUUUCCUGUUGUUUUGCCAGGCAAUUAAGAUGGCCGAAAAUCAGUUGAAUGCAAAUGUGGGACCCUGUCAGACGGCUAAGGGAGGAGAGGUGGCGAAGGUCAACUGCAGUGAACUAUUUGAAGCUCCAGGAUUCAAGCAGCAACUGGUUAACUACAUGGCAAAGUGGGUGGCGAUCAAAGAGGUUUGUCUGGAGUGUCGAGGCACACUGAAGAAGACCGAGCUACAGCUCCAUGAUCACAUCGAGAAGAACCCGACCAAGGAAGAGGCAAGGCGUGACAUCAAUUCGAUGGUUGAUGACAUGAGGGAGAACCUGUGAGCGGCAAGAAUCGCAGCUGGAUCGAAUGAA